AACAGUGUAACGCUAGAGGUCUCUCAUAUCCAGGUCGUAUAAAUACGACCAUGCCUGGUCUCAAAAUUUCCAAACACUCGAGUUUCUUUGCUAGAAUUCAAGCUCUCCCUGAAACAAGUUCUUUGCUGUCAAAAGAUUAACCAAAUAGCAACAUACUUGUUAUUGUUCAACAAAUUCGACAGCCAAACCAAUUAGUUACCUAGCCGAUAACAAAACUCGUUAUCUACAUCACUAUUAUUGUGCAAUCACAUCUUGUUUAACAAAAAAUGAUGGAAACGACUAACGCUGAUAUCGACAUGUCUUCGUUGAAAUCGGCCUUGGCAACAACUUCGCUUAGUCAACAGAUGAUUUCAUUCGCCAACAGUACGUUCCGAUUAGCUGCGACGGCCAUCACAAGACUUCAGCAGCAACAACAAUGCGAAGCGGAAUUAGCCAGCUUAGCACACUUACCGGAAUACUCAUUGGAACAGGUUUCUUGGCACGAUCGACAGGACGAUUGUUGGAUCGUCCUCAACGACAAAGUAUACAAUGUCACCAAACUCAUCCAUAAUCAUCCGGGUGGAUUAGAAGUCAUGAUGGAACAGGCCGGACGUGAUGCUACGUUGGCCUUCCGCUCCGUUGGUCAUUCCAUUAACGCCAUUGAGCAAGUCGACGAAUUCCUCAUUGGCAUCUUGCCCGCUAAAGAGCGUAUGUACCUACGUUCGGCGAAAUGAUUAUCGAAUGGGAGACACAAAAUCAAUUUAGAAAAUAUUACUUGCCAUUUAAUUUAAACCUCCUAUUCAUGCUUGUGCUUUUCAAAUUCGUUGUUUUCCUAAAUUAUUGUUAAUUAAAACCCAUCUGUGAUAAUUUUGUUAAUACAAACCCAUGUCCUCAUCAUACGAAAAAAUCGA